AUGGCGAUGGCGUGGCUGAUCAUCGCCGUGGUGGUCGUUGACGUUAUGAAACACAAUUCCAUUAUUACUAUGGUAGCUGAAUUAUUCUCACUCGUAGCGGCCAUGGGUUUAGUGAUACAAUUUUGGGUCCUCAAGAGACAAAACGAUGAGGUCUUUAAGAUCAAUGCAAGGGCUCUCUCUAUUACAUGGUCGGAUAACUCUGAAUAUUGGUCUUGGGUUCCUCUCCCAAACGAGAAACCAAAUGAGGAAGUCGUUGAAGCUGCCGUGUUGAAUAUGGUUUGCUGGUUAGAUGUGUCGGGCAAGUUUGACACAAAAAACCUGCGCUUGGGGACAAAGUACGAGGUGAUUUUUAUGGUGAAGUUAGAGGAUACCGCGAACGGAUGGGAUUGGGAACCAGUUAAGCUGAAGCUGGUCAUGCCCAACGGUAGUGAGACACCASAAGAGCAUAGUGUGAGUUUUGUGGAAUACAUUGGGAAGCAAUGGAUAGAUAUUCCGGCCGGUGAGUUCAUGAUGUCGAAGGAGAACGUUGGAGAGAUCAGUUUCUCAUUGUAUGAGCAUGAUGCCAAUAUUUGGAGGUCAGGGCUUAUUGUCAAAGGCGUUGUAAUUCGUCCUAAACACUAA